AUGGCCGGAUCUGAUAAAAAACGGAAGCACGGAGAUUUUCAUCCUCAGUCCGCCAAAAAGGUCCACAGAGACGACCCUUACUCGCGAAAACAUCAUAGGAGCGAAGGACCUGUGAGCGAUGGACUUCCGCAUCUCCCCAGUAUCAGUGAAGAAUACUGGAACAUUGUCUUCACUCACCCCAGCCAGGCGCCUCAGGACCCACAGGCCAGCUAUGACAGACUUGAAUUCCUUGGUGACGCCUACCUCGAACUCUACGCCACACAGUUGAUAUUCAAUCGCUUCCCCGAUUUCGAAGUUGGAAAAAUGUCUCAACUCCGGGAGACACUGGUCAGAAAUGAGACCAUCGGUCAGUACGCCAGCCUUUACGGCCUCGACAAGCAGCUCAAAAACUACAAGCAAUUCCAAAACAGCCCAGGCCACGUCUGGCUAAAGAUCAAAGGCGACGUCUUCGAAGCUUAUGUCGCAGCUGUGGUCCUAUCCAGCCCAGACGGCGCAGAUACAGCCAAAAGGUGGCUCCAUGAGCUGUGGGAACCAAAAGUCCAAGCCGUCGCUACCAGCACUACUCCUAAGCCAAAGAAGACCAAGGAAGAGCUUGCCAAGAAGAUCCUGAUGAAGGGUACCAAAAUCAACUACGUCGACGAAAAGGCUCCCGUGGUCCACUACGGUCAAGGCCGGGAAGAAUACUUCGUUGGGGUGUAUUUCAAUGGUUUUGCCUGGGAGAAUCAGUACUUGGGAAGUGGCCGAGGGUCAAGUAGAGUCGAGGCUGGCUUGUUUGCUGCAGCAGAAGCACUCAAGAACCCGCUGGUGGACCAGAUCGCCAGAGAAAAGACGAAGGCUCUGGCGCGGCGUGAGAAAUAUGCUGAAGCUGUCAAAGACAAAGGAGUACAGAAAGAACACGACUUCGGUCGUGCCAAUGCCGAGGUGGUAGAGCCGGCAUCAGUAACGGAAUCGAGGGAGUCGCAGGCUUCUGCAGAGGCCCCGCCAGCCAAGCAACUUCAGGGGUCCCAUGUGGUAGUAUGA